CGCGUCAGUAACGCGCGCGCGUGGUGCGUGUAUAUACUGCUGCAGUGCGGUGCGCUCGCGGACGCUCGGAAGUUCGUCAAUCGGUUUUGUCGCCAAAGUCGUUUUUUUUUUUAUAUCGUUUCGCGAUUGAUAUUUUGAACUUAUUGUCGUCGUGUUGUUAUAAUAUAUUUCUUGAUCACUGAUUUGUAAUAAUUCCGAUCGCGUCACCGAAUCGUUUUAUUCUAUUUUCCUCGAACGCCGCAUCGCGGGAUUACGCGCGAGUGUCACGCGGCCGUAUUAAAGUCGCUCGACAAAUACGUUGUCGAAGAACACGCGCGACGACCGGCGUACACGGUCUUCUUUCACUUAUUUAUACCGCCGACAGCAUUUGAGCGUUAUAACAUUAUUUUAUGCAUCACUAAAGGACAUAUAUAGUAAGCCGUCACCUGAGCUGCGGAUCGGGUAAACGUCACCAUAAAUAUCUGCGAUGAGAGUGGGCCGAAGAUAUUUUGAACUCAUGGUUUCUGUGAUCAAUCCAUCGUCGGAUCUAUAUCAUCACAGUCCUUUAGCACCUUUAGCGUCAUUCGACUCAUCCGUUUCUGGAGUUGAAUCGUCCAGUACACAAUCGGAAAAAAAUUGUCCGUUCAAAGACUUCAUAUUAAACGAUAAAUGGAGACGUAUAUUUGAUAAAUACGACCCUGAAGGUUUUGGUGAAAUUCCGUGGAACGAUUUCUUGAUGUUAUUGAAUUCGUCGGAUUUUGUGAAAUUUAUAUCACAAGAGAAACGUGAUAUCCUCCUCGAACGAGCUCGCCAAUCUAACACGUCGGCUAUAACCUUUCAAGAUUUCGUCAAUAUCAUGUCCGGCAAAAGGAGGCGGAGUUUUAAAUGUGCCAUUCAUCACAGGGAUAAAGAAGUUAACAGCGAAAACGAUUUUCAUAUUAUAUUUCAAGAACCAACGUUACAACAAAAAAUGGUACGUCUUGUGGCAGAGGAGUUCUUGACAGACGAAAGAGAUCGGAAAUAUUAUGCGGACAAUUAUCGCUGUUGCCCACCUCCACUCUUUAUACUGCUCAUUACAAUUUUUGAGUUGGGAACCUAUCUAUAUUACUACUCUCUAACUUUGGGUUCUACACCUGCUCCCGGUGACAUAUGGGCAUCAGUCGCCGCUCCUGUGCCAAUGGACAGCGUGUUCAUAUAUAGACCUGACAAACGACAACAAUUAUGGAGAUUUAUGUUGUACAUGUUCUUACAUGUUGGUUGGGUCCAUCUGAUAUUCAAUUUGACCGUUCAACUGCUUGUGGGUCUUCCAUUAGAAAUGGUGCAUGGUUCACUCCGAAUAGGGGUUGUAUACAUGGCUGGUGUGUUAGCAGGUUCCUUGGGUACGUCGGUCUUUGAUAGUAAUGUGUAUCUCGUUGGUGCAUCAGGUGGAGUGUAUGCUCUGUUGGCUGCUCAUUUAGCUAACGUUAUGUUGAACUAUAACAACAUGGAAUUUGGUGUAUUUCGGUUGCUUGGCAUACUAUUCAUUGCCAGCGUGGACGUCGGCUUCGCCGUGUACUGCCGUUACGCCUUCGAACCGUCGUCGAACGCACCGCCCGUGAGCUACGUCGCCCACAUAGCCGGCGCACUGGCCGGUCUCACCAUCGGUUUGCUGGUGUUGAAAAACUUCGAGCAAAAGCUCCACGAACAACUCAUAUGGUGGUUCGCGCUCGGAGUGUACGCCAUUUGUACACUGUUUGCCGUCGCUUACAACCUGAGCCAUCCCUGUUGAGGAGACCACACGGUCUAUACUUAUAUAUAUAUAUUAUAUGUGUGUGCGUGUGUGUGUGUGUGUAUGUGGCGAUAGAAACGGUCAAGUAAUCCGAAGUUCUGAUCGAGAAGUCGUCCCGUCGCCGAUCUAUAUAUGAUGUGCAUAUAUUAUUAUUUUAUUCUUCCGCGUGUAAAAAUCUAUUCGUACUGUCCAAUUUUGUUCGUUUUUUUUUUUUUAUCAUCAUUAUUAUUAUUAUUAUUAUUAUUAUUAUUUGUUUUCCUCACCUCGUUUGUAUUUAAUUAUUUAUAUCGUGCGAUAUAUUAUUAUAUAAUAUAUACAUUAUAUAUUGUGUCUGUGAUUUUUUCGCCCAAGUUUAAAAUCAUCGUUAUGAUAUUAUUGUUGUUCAAUACACGACUAGUAAAAUACUAUAAUAACCAUCAAAUUAUUAUGUUGUAGACAAGUUUUGCGUACUAUUGGUACGCACGAUUCUGUUUUCAGUUUGUCCGAAAAUACAAAGUACGAAAUAGCUGGUUGGGGACACUGUUGUUACAAUAAAUUAUUAUUAAAAUAUUAAUUUAGUUUUUUCGCUAUAAUAAAAGAUUAAUUUUAAUAUUUGCAUACAUAGAGUAUGAAAUAUAAAAAAAAAACACAGACAUUUAAAUGUAAAUAUUUAUUUUAAUUUAAUCGUUUUUUUUUUUUUUUUUUAAUGCUUUAUUACAUUCACUGCCAGUUUAGAUUUAAUCGGUGGUUAGUUUUGAGUUUAAAUCUCUUGAGUUAAAGUUCCAAAAAUACAGCUCGAAGUUUGGUGAGUACAAAUUGGCUGUGAUGUUUAUUUUUCAAACAGACAAACAUUUUCCUUAACUAUAGUUCCUCUGUACCACAUAAAACAAAAUUGCUCAACAGUGUAAAUUUACUAGGCAGUUAGUUAAUCUGUAUGAACACAAAAUAAAAUAACAAAUAAUUGUAUUGUUCGUAUUAAAAAAAAAGGAUAGUAAGUUAUAGUUAUAAAAAUAAAAUGAAAACAUUUUAGUUUGUAAAUAAGAAAAAUAUUGAUUCUUGUCAUAACACAAAUCUAGUCAUAAUUAUAUCUAUUUGUACUAUAUUAUAUACCUAAUGAAUAUAUAUAUAUGUUUAAAAUAUUAAUUUAAAUACUGCUUUAUGUAUGUUUAAUGUAUAAUUUUAUGUUACAAAUGUUAAAUAAAAAUAUGUUUAACUUUACAAUUGCAUGUGUCUGUAUAAGUUAUAGUUUGUGUAAUAAUUAAAGUUAUUUAUUUAUUUUUAAUAGAGUAAAAAAAAAUAAAAACAGUAUUAAUAAC